GGGGUGGGGCUGGCAAGUUUUCAUUCGGAGUUUGCAGGCCGGGAGCCGCCGCGGCUGUCGCGCCGGUGCCUUCGUCCUAGGUCGGGAUGGAGCUGCCCGUCGUGAACCUGAAGAUGAUCAUCCUGGUGCACUGGCUGCUGACGACCUGGGGCUGCCUCACGUUCUUCGGCUCGUAUGCCUGGGCCAACUUCACCAUCCUGGCCGUGGGAGUGUGGGCCGUCGCCCAGCGGGAUUCCAUUGACGCCAUAAGCAUGUUUCUGGGUGGACUGGCGGUCACCAUCUUCCUGGACAUCGUCCACAUAAGCAUCUUCUACCCGCGGCCCGACAUCACUGACACGGCCCGCUUCGGCGCCGGCAUGGCCAUCCUCAGCCUGCUCCUCAAGCCGUUCUCCUGCUGCCUGGUCUACCACAUGUACAGGGAGCGUGGGGGCACGCUCCCGCUGCACACCGGUCUCCUCGGGCCUUCGCAGGAGCAGAGCGCCUACCAGACCAUCGACUCGCCGGAGGCCCCUGCAGACCGCUAUGCAGACCUGGAGGGCAAGGGUCACAGCCCGCAGGGGUACUGAAGCCAGCCCCGCUGCGCCUGGCCCCUGCUCAGGGGCCAGGGUGACGAACUGUAGGGGAGGUCCGGUCCGCUGGCCUUGCUCGUGCCCUGGACGCCCUCCCAGGGCUGCACCUGGUCCCCUCCUCGGACCUGUCGCGGAACGUGUCCUCCCGUUCCCUGUCUCAGGUGUUGCCUGAACGCACCUGCACACACGCCUGGCCCCAGGGCCCCAGGGCCUCCCCUCCCUUCCGUGUACCCCACUGGUCCCGGGCGGAAACCACAGCCACUUUCCUCACUGCCACCCUUGGCUGCUCCGGGCAGGCUCCAGGCCACGCCGUGCCUGAAGCUGGUGGAGCCCAGCCUCUAGGGGCCGGAGACGCCCCUGCCCGCGGCCUCCCUCUCAGUUUGUCCAGCCCUCCGGCAGAAGGCCUGUGGGCUGCCAGUUGUGCUCGGCCCCAGGAACCAUCCGUCAGAGCGGGGUGAGGUCCUUGUGCUCCUCACUUACCUGGUCAGUGGGUCCUGGGAACCCCGGGGCUGGAGGCAGGAGGUGCCUGCUAUGCCCGACGCCCACCACGGCCCCCCGCUGCUCUUCCCAGAGCCAUGGCAUUAAAGUGUGGGGAUUUCUGUA